UAUGGAGAGUCGUCUACAAAAACCCUAACUAGCUCCUCACUAUUACUCCUCUUACUCUCUCUCUCUCAGCUGCUAUUGCAUCGUGCUCUCGGAAGAACGCUCGCAUACGUACUCACACAGAUCUAAAAUCCGAGCGAUUCGUUUUUCCGUGUAGCCAUGGCUCUGGUCUUGUAUUCUGGGAGUGUUAACAAGAAUGCUUAUAAGACACUGAUUGUCGCCGAGUAUACUGGUGUGAAAGUUGAAUUCGCUGCGGACUUUGAGAUGGGUGUCACCAACAAGACUCCUGAAUUUAUCAAGAUGAACCCUAUUGGGAAGAUUCCUGUUCUGCAAACCCCCGAUGGAUCUGUCUUUGAGAGCAACGCCAUAGCACGAUAUGUUGCACGCUCGAAGGAAGACAAUGCUCUCUAUGGCUCUUCUUUGAUAGAUUAUGCCCACAUUGAGCAGUGGAUUGACUUUUCUACCCUGGAAAUUGAUGCUAAACUUUUGGCUUGGUUUUUACCAAUAAUUGGGAGGGCCCCAUACCUUCCUCCAGCUGAGGAAGCUGCAAUCGCAGCAUUGAAGAGAGGAUUGGGUGCAUUGAACUCACACCUUGCUUCUAACACAUACUUGGUUGGGCAUUCUGUAACCCUUGCUGACAUCAUCACGACAUGCAAUUUGGUUUUCGGGUUCUCGAGGCUCAUGACUAAGAGCUUCACUUCAGAGUUCCCCCAUGUCGAGAGGUACUUCUGGACCAUGGUUAAUCAGCCAAACUUUAAGAAGGUCUUGGGCGAGGUCAAGCAGACUGAUUCCGUCCCAACUGUUCAAUCUGCUGCUGCUGCUGCAAAGAAGGCUGCUCCAGCAAAGGAAGCCAAACCCAAGGCUGAGCCGAAGAAAGAAGUCAAGAAAGAGGCGCCAAAGCCAGCCGAGGCAGCAGCCGAGGAAGAGGCACCAAAGCCAAAACCCAAGAAUCCUCUUGAUCUGCUGCCACCAAGCAAGAUGGUAUUGGACGACUGGAAGAGGCUCUACUCUAACACAAAAACUAACUUCAGAGAGGUUGCAAUCAAAGGAUUCUGGGACAUGUAUGAUCCCGAGGGUUACUCUCUGUGGUUCUGUGACUACAAAUACAAUGAUGAGAACACCGUUUCGUUUGUGACCUUGAACAAAGUGGGUGGAUUCCUUCAGAGGAUGGAUCUUGCUCGCAAGUACGCCUUUGGAAAGAUGCUUAUCAUUGGGUCGGAACCACCAUUCAAGGUGAGGGGACUGUGGCUCUUCCGCGGCCAAGAAGUUCCUCAAUUCAUAAUCGACGAGUGCUAUGACAUGGAACUCUACGACUGGAAGAAGGUUGACAUUAACGACGAAGCCCAGAAGGAGCUCGCCAACAAGAUGAUUGAAGACGAAGAGCCCUUUGAGGGAGAAGCUCUUUUGGACGCCAAGUGCUUCAAGUGAAACAACCUCUUCCUCAAUUCACCUAUACAAAGGAGGGUUGCUUUUUUGUUUUACUCUUUUUUUUGUUUAAAUUUAUUUAAUUGGGGUAGAGUUUGUUUUGAUAAUCCUAUGUUUAAGCUAAGACUAAGCUUUUAGGCUCGUGGUGUUUUUGAGUGACAAUUAUAAGUUACAAAUCUUUUGCUUUGGUCA